AUGGUCGGUACCAACUUAGGCCUGCCUCAUUGUGAAGACGUUAUAGUUCCACAGGAGACUCUUGUUUUGGAAAAGGGUCAAUGUGUGAGUAGGAUCGCGUGUGGAGGGAACCAUACCGUGCUUUUGCUGGACGAUGGCACGGCAUUGGCAUGUGGUGAUAGUAAGCAGGGUCAACUUGGUGGUUUGGAGCAGUGGGAAGGCUGGAAAGUUCUUCUAGGAGGUGUGAAAGACGUUACGUGCGGCUGGGAGUUCACUGUAGUGAUUAAUGAGCAGAAUGAGCUACUAAGUCGUGGUACGGGCCCUAAAGGAGAGUUAGGAUUGGGAUCUAUGAGAAGAGCGGAGGAAUUUACAAAGAUAAUGGAUGUAAACAUGGGAUCCCGGGUAUUUGCAUCUUUGCAGAACUGCACAGUAGUGGUACCAACUCGUGAAGGGGGCUCCAAGGUUUAUGGAUGGGGUAGUAAUACCAAAUGUCAGCUACUAGAACCCAAGAGCCGUAUUGUGGACAGACCAGUCCUAAUAUAUGAAAGUACGGAAACCAUAAUCGAGUACCCAGCUCUUGGGAGAGAUUUUAUCGUCUUAGUCGAUACACACGGUCGUAUAGCAUACGCUAGUGGGUCACUGCCACUCGGGUUCUCUACACAGGACUGGUCUUCCCACUCUGGUCUACAAGUUCACUGCAUGUGGACCUCAAUCCACAUUUGGUCAUCGAAGCCGGGAAUAUAUUCCUACGGGAACGGGAAUCACGGCCAACUGUUUCGACAAGAGGAGUGGUGCCCCGCCAGCGAGAUCUCACAGGUCGCUGCGGGAAGCGAACACGGCGUCCUGCUCAAGCACAACAACCAAGUCGCCUGCUGGGGAUGGGGAGAACAUGGGAAUUGCGGAAGACUAUACAAGGACAAAGAUUCCAUCUUUAACGAUUACUCGAACGUCAUAAGCCCAUUAUGCGACGUAUUUCAAGCACGAGAACCUUGCGACCUGUUUGCAGGCUGCGCGACCACUUGGAUCGUAACAAAAUGUUAA